CAGGGGCGGUCUGACCGUUUGGAAACUCUGGCACUGCCCGAGGGCCCGGGUCAGUAGGGGGCCCCAUGAGAUGCCCCUGGUACCUUUUUCAUAGUUUUUUUUGAGUUUGGGCAAGGACACAGGGGCCCCAUGAUCCCCUAUUGCCUGGGGCCCCAUGAGUUGUCAGUCCGCCCCUCUCAGAGCCCUACCGUUUGGCUCCAACAGCGUGGCAGAGGGUGGGAGGUAGAGGUGGUCUGGUGGAGGCAGGCUUACAGUAUGUCUUCUUCUUCUGAAUGCUUUUUUGGGUGUACUUUGAGUGUGGGCAAGGACAGAGGGGCCCCAUGAUCCCCUAUUGCCCGGGGGCCCCAU